GGCGCUCAUCCUGCCCGAUCAACACAUUGAAGAAACAUUCCUACGGGAAUGAACCGAUAACUAUAGGGUCAGGUUAAUUCACGGCGACAGUAUGACGACGACAUCAACUCCAGCGCCAACGUUGUCGACAGACUGGGCACCGACCGCUUCCGGAUGUCUUCGCAAGAGUGAUCUAUGGGUGUGGCAAUAUAGCGAUAUACAAAAGGAUGCCCGUACUGUUCUAGGAGGCCCAUCGCAGACUACAGCAUGUUUCUCUUCAGAAUGGACCGCUACUCUUACAUAUGCGGGCUCAGGCUGCCCGGCGAAAUAUACACCAGCCUGUACAAAUGGUGACGCCGUAACAUGUUGCCCCGACCUCUACAGUUUCACCUGCGAUAAGGAAACCUGGAGCGUUUCUACUACCCAUGGCGAUUGGUUCCGUUGCGUAUCGCAGUGGGACAGUCAAACCAUAGAUACGUUGACAAAAACCGAUUUCGUAGCGAGCACGAUAAAGAUAGAGACAAGAACGAGACACCCAAACCAGCAUUUAUUUGCCUUAGCUUUGUUGUACACUCCACCGCCUCCUUCAUCAACCAGCUCUUUACCUACCUCCUCGUCCGACCCGACUCCAACAGAAACGCCCUCUGGAAACUCGAACUCAGGGCUCACACCCGCCGCGGCCGGCGGAAUUGGCGCUGGGGUGGGCGCAGCUGCUGUCCUACUCGGUGUUAUAGGCUGGAUAUGGUAUCGACGGAGGAAAGCAUCAAACGUAACUCCUCCAACCCCUGGAACUUCUUCAGCGCAUACAUAUAACCCGGAUGGUUCUUACGGUCAGCCUCAUUAUUUAACCCAACCUUUUAUACCGCCAGCGCCCAAGCAGCCGGCCAAGGAACUGCACGGCGACUCGGCGCCUGUUUUCGAACUUCCUGGUGACGCGAAUGAGCAGCACAACCGACUACAAUGAAUUGAAGGCGGGAUGAUUGUCAGUACAUAAUUAUCGCGAUAGUGUCUUGGGACACGUUCACGAAGUGGGAAGUGGUAGGAGCUUAAUCACAGUAAUAAGGCUUGGUAUCGAUGACAAGCUCAAUAACGUGU